UCCUCUACUAGAUCGCGGGCCUUAAGUAUCGUACCAAGAUCGAAACGUCGUGGGCUCUUCGCCCAGGUCGCGUUCUUACCAGAGGUCAAUAGACCGUACGACUACUCAAACAGAGAAAAAUGGACUAUCACCACGUUUGUAGCUAUAGCCGCGGCAGCAGCACCAAUGGGCUCAGCUAUAUUCUAUCCCGCCCUCCCUCAAAUGUCCGCAGAAUUCGGCGUCUCCUCUACAAUCGUCAACUUAUCAGUCGCCUUCUACAUGCUGGCUAUGUCCAUCUUUCCGCUCUGGUGGUCUUCCUUCUCUGAGACACUCGGACGCCGUACCAUAUACCUCUCGUCCUUCCUUCUCAAUGCCAUCUUUUCGCUAGUUAGCGGCCUUAGCGUAAACAUUGAAAUGCUGAUCGUGUUCCGGAUCCUCGCCGGCGGUGCGGCGGCCUCGGUGCAGGCCGUGGGCGCAGGAACAAUCGCCGACAUCUGGGAGACCACCGAGCGGGGCAGGGCAAUGGGGAUGUUCUACCUCGGUCCGCUCAUGGGGCCGUUGCUGGCACCGAUCAUAGGCGGUGCACUGGCAGAAGGGUUCGGCUGGAGAAGUACCAUGUGGUUUCUGACCUGUUACGGCGUGGUCGUAUGGCUCUUAAUCCUGUUUGCCCUGCCCGAGACGCUCGCAAAGCGGAAGCCAGUUGUCCUCCCAUCCGCUGCCGAAGGGGCGGGAUUAUCACGCGUCCCCACAACUCGCUCUGUCCAGAUCCAGUCGCGCCGCGCUGCCGUUUUCCUCAAGCGCGCCUUCCUCGACCCUUUGCAGGUGGUGACAUACCUCCGAUUUCCCGCCGUGGCCAUCGUCGUCUACUACGCAGCCAUCACUUUUGGCACUCUCUACGUGCUGAACAUCAGUAUACAGUCGGCAUUCUCAGAGCCGCCCUACGGGUUCUCGACCAUCAUCAUUGGACUGCUGUACAUCCCGAGUUCAAUGGGGUACUUCAUCGCCUCUUUGCUCGGCGGACCGUGGAUCGAUCGGAUCAUGGUGCGUGCGGCGGAGCGGGCAGGUCGGUACGACGAGAACGGGAAGUUGAUAUAUCUGCCCGAGGAUCGGAUGCGCGAGAAUGCGUGGAUCUCCGCCACUCUCUACCCCGGGGCGCUGAUCUGGUACGGGUGGUGCACACAGUUCGGCGUCCACUGGAUUGCGUCGUGCGUUGCGAAUUUCUUCUUUGGCCUUGGGUCCAUGUUGGUAUUCAGCGCGGCGACGACGAUGCUGACCGAGUUUAUGCCGCGCAAGAGUAGUAGCGGCGUGGCGUUGAAUAACUUCGUGCGCAACAUAUUCAGUUGCACUGGGGGAAUUAUCGCCCAACCGCUAAUCAACGUGAUGGGUCAUGGGUGGAUGAUGACUAUGUUUGGCCUCAUUGCUUGGAUAAGUGGGAAUUUGUGCAUUUGGUUUUUGAGAAGAAACGCGCAGAGGUGGAGGGCUUCCAUGGACAGAGAGUUAAAC